AUGUACCGUACGCGGGACGUGCCCAACGACGAGCGACCAGCGUAUAAGUUAACCAGUCAUCAGCAGGGGCGUUGGGAGAUUUUUCUUGACGCUGCCGAGUCCGUGUCGCGUGUUGAGUCCGAAGAAGACUCAUCCACCCCAUCCCCCGAGGACCGUUCAGAUGAUGACGAGGAAGAGGACGACGAGGCUGAUAUUGUGCCCCGCCGCCCACAGAAAGUGUUAACCCCAAUGCGACCCAUCGACCGGUAUGGGUUGGAGAUGUGGAUCGAGUUGUUGAAGCCCCGGCUAGAGAAUGACCAUUUCCACAGCGUCGUGUUGAGUGCGUUAGCAGCAAUCGCAGUCGACACCGAGCAGCACACAUGGAUCAUCGCGGAAAAUUACACGCCCAAAUUAUCCGCGGUGGUGAAAUUGGCGCGCAUGAUGGUGGUGUUGUAUGGCGUAGACCAUGGCCCCGAGGGAUGUGUCAGCCGGAUUGAAUCCAUGAUCAACAAGUUCAUGGUGGAGGACCAGCCAUGCAUGAUGCAUUGGGUGUACAGCACGCGACGAUAUGGUUUGAAGAUCCGGUACACCACCACGGCGGGCGGUCAUAUUCGGUGGGAGAAGUCAACCGUGUCAUAUCAGGACGCCCGAUUCAGUAUGGACCAGUUUCGCGGGUGGGUGCGUGGCAUGGUGGCCGAGUGCCGACGGACAUUGGUGGAGGAUGUGUUGUUAUUGCCGCCAGAGCAGUUAGGGGAACCCGACCGCGUGCCCGAGAUCCCGUGGACACAGAUGAGUGACAAUCCCAGUGAGAGCCGACCCGGAUUUCAUUUUAUGGAACACAAUGCCCGGUAUAUGCCCGUGGUCGGGGAGCGAUGGCAGUUUGAUCGGGUCGUGAAUACGGCCAGCGGGCAGUCCGAAUUCGUGACGAGCAGCGGCAAGUUACGUGCCAGUCGCGUUCAACAACACAUGCGGGCGAUCCGACGAUUUAAAGAGAAAUUGUUGAUGUGUAUGCAUACGACGGGUGGCCAGCCCAGCCGAGCGCCCGAAUUGAUGAGUGUCCGGUAUUGCAACACCCAUACGGGGGGCCGACGCAAUGUGUUCAUUGAAGAGGGGCACGUGGUAUUUGUCACCGCGUACCAUAAAGGGUAUUCGUUUGACGGCAGUACCAAGAUCAUUCAUCGGUAUUUACCGCGUGAGGUGGGCGAGUUGUUAGUGUGGUAUUUAUGGUUAGCGCGGCCAUUUGAGGAGCAAUUGUUGGUGGGCCAUCACGGCGUGCGCACCACUCAUGGAUAUAUGUGGCGGAAAGGGGUGGAGGACCCCGAGUGGACGUCGGAUCGGGUGCGUCGGUUGAUCCGCGACGAGAGCGUGAUCGGGAUGGGGGUGCGGUUGAACAUCAGUUCGUACCGACAAUUGGCGAUCGCCAUCACGCGCAAGUAUUUGAAAGGGGAAGGGUUUCAGGAUGACCGUGAGGACGAGAACAUUGAAGAUCAAGGUGAGACCGAGCAGCACGGGGUCAACAUCCCCCGCCCGCGGGAUAGUGUAUGGGACCAACAGAGUGGCCAUGGGUCGAUGGUCGCGGGUAUGAUUUACGCGCGGGCCAUUUUAGAGGCCCCCGGUGCGGUAUCGAGCAUGCGGACACAGUAUUUCGCGGCAAGUGGCGGAUGGCAUCGAUUUUUGGAGUUUCCGUCCACGAUGGAGCGAGGCAUCAAGCGGGAGCGGGCGGCGACCGAUGUGGACGACGGGUACGGACAGCAGUUGGCACGGUGGCGUCGCGUCAAAGGUGAGAACGUGCACGAGGCGUUGAAAGAGUUGAUCGGCCCCGAGGCGCAGUUCCGCGACGUCCAGGAGGCGAGUUUGGCGGCCAUCAUUGAUGGGACGGGUGGGGGAAAGAGCGUGUUAUUCAUGUUGCCGGCGAUGUGUUCCGCCUGGGUGGCGCGGCGGGACGGGGGAUUAGCCGGCGUGACCGUGGUCAUCAUCCCGAUGAUUUCGUUACGGGAGGAUUUGCAGCGGCGGUGCGUGAAGCACGAGAUCACGUGUGUUGCAUGGGAAGGGCGGCGGCCGCAGAAGAGCGUGUCAAUCGUGUUGGUGACGCCCGAGUCGGCGAUCAAGAAGGGAUUUCAGGAUUAUUUGAUCGAGUUGGGCGCCAGUGGCCGAUUGGAGCGGAUUGUGAUCGACGAGUGCCACGUCGUGUUGGACGCCACCAGUGAAUUCCGACCGCAGUUGCGCGAAUUGAGUCGAUUGUUGGUGGCCGAGACACAGAUAGUGUUGUUAACCGCAACGUUGCCACCCAGUGAGGAGGAGGAGUUGUUGGGGAUUUUGCAGUUGCCCGUGGAGCAGGUCCAGGUAUUCCGCAGCCGGACAACACGCCGGAAUGUGCGAUACCAAGUCGUGCCGCGACGGGCCCCGCCAGCCGGGAGCCAGGAGUCCAGCACGGCCGUCGCCGAUGCACAAGUGGUCAAGAUAGUGCAGGCCAAGUUAGCCCAAUACCCCCAGGGGAAGAUUGUGGUGUACGGUCGCAGUAUUGAGCGGGUGCAGCGGGUCGCCGCCCAGAUCGGAUGUGAAGCAUAUUUCCGAUCCAUGAUGGAGAAGUCGGCGGUGUUUCAACGGAUUGUUGGCGCGACGUGCCGCGUGGUCGUGGCAACGAACGCAUUGGGGUUGGGUAUUGACAUUCCCAACAUUCGGGUGGUUGUGCACAUGGACGCCGUGUCAAAGUUGCGAGAUUUUGGCCAAGAAAGUGGACGGGCCGGGCGAGAUGGGUUGGUGAGUGAGUCCGUUGUGAUUAUGGGUCCCGUGGAGCACAAAGGUGGUCAGCCCAGCCGUGAUAGUAGUCAUGUCGACCGUCAGCGACCAUUAGCACCAUUCGAGAUGGGACAGGUGUGCGGACGAGUGAUAUUGGACGGGUAUUUAGAUGGGCAGACGGACCGGGAUGGGUGUCAGGCGGGUGAGGAGGCAUGUUGGGUGUGUGAGGCCCGCAACAGCGACCCCGAUCCGCAGGAAGACCCGGCGAGCGUGGUCGCCCAGCGGGACGAGGUGCAGUUCACGCAGAUCACCGCCCAGCGAGAACGAGUACGCGAACAGAUGCAGUGGAUGAUCAGUGGCGAGGCCAUGGAGGUGGACGAGUUUCGACGGCGGGUGGAGCAGUGGGUUGGCCGAUGUGCGUAUUGUUUGGUGCAGGGCCGGGAAGUGGCAUCCAUCGGACAUGGAUUUACCACAUGCCCGUACGGAGGACAAACAUGCCAGGCGGAGUUUAUGGAGACGCGCGAGAAGAUCCGAUACGGACGAUACGCGGUGUGUUACCAGUGUGGUAUGCCGCAGGCGAUGUGUCGACGGUUCGAGGCCAACGGGUUUGGACGUUGGCGACGAGUGCGUGAUCAGAUGUGUCAGUACGGUGACGUGAUGAUCGGGGCCGUGGUGGCAAUCAUGUUGCAUGGGCCAGAGGAGGCGGCACAGAGUGUGGAAGCGUGGAUGGCCCAGGAUGGAGUGGAGAUGACGGACGUUGACGGGGUUCAUCGAUGGUUGGGCCAGAAGAUCAUGUGGGGGGAAAUGGAGGCGGCGAUGAUCAACAAGGUGUUUUUGCGGUUGGUGCAGUGUGUAGGAUAG